AGAAGAACAGCUUGACUGAGAAUCCUAUCCCUAGACAGGAGUGUAAUGUCUAUAUGCCUCCGAGUCUGCGGUGCCACAGGCAAUGAUUUUGAUAGGGUUUCCACCACUUGUUUUGUUGUUUUUAUUCUAAUCAAGUUGGUAAUAGGCUCAUGAAAGCGCCUGGCCUGGCAAGUUCUCAUAAACUUUUGUCUACUUUGAGGGGGAGAAAGGUUCUCUUUUUGCUUUGAAAAGCAUGGCUGUCUCCUGCUGCUGCUGUCCCUGGGUCUCAGUUGCUUCAAGCGAGAGAGAACCUCUCAGUACACAGCUCUCCAGACAAUCUCACCAAGACACCAGAAGUGUUCUCUUCCAAGAGAAGCCCUUCACUGUGAAACGAGUCUAUGUGACUGACAUUGACACACUAUUUACCAACAUCAUUGAGGCUUUCAACAAGCAGCAAGCCGAUUGCUUGGCUAUCCGCGCAGCCAUCCAGGACCUCAAAGAAACAUCUUGUUGUUCGCCUGUAAGCAGCCUUUCCGUAUGCAUAGAGAAGAUACAGCAGGAGCAUAGUGCUUACAACGUGCAGGUGCAUAUGGAGGGAUAUAGGUUCUGGCUGGAUUCAAGGGAGAAGGACGUCCCUGAGAAACUAGAGUGGGCUCAGCAGCAGGUGGGAGAGCUGAACCGUGCCACCAAAGGAGUCAUCAGUACCGAAACAAAGCUCCAGGAAAUGAUCAGCUUGGUGCUUCAGAGCCAGGAGAUGUUGGUGGAGAGAGUGAAAGUCACAAACCCUGAAUACCUAGACCAGAUACGGCUAGAAAGAAACCUGAGAGAAAAUAUUGAGAAAAUAAGUCUGGCCAAACAGUUUUCGAAGCAGUAUAGAGAAGAGGCCAAUAGUGUGCUAGUAGAAAUAUCCAAGUCAGCAAACUUGACCUUGUAAAAAGCAUUGAGAAUGAACCUGUUCUAUUCUGCCUUUCUUACCACAAACAUGAAUUAAGGUACUUGUGACAGAAAAGCCGUUUGGGCUAUACUUCAGACACACAAGUUACACAGAAGGUAAUAGUGAUCUCAAGUUUUUUUUGGGAGGAAGCUGAUGCAAUCACAUGCUAGAAAACAGGCAGAGAUGUCACAUGCAGUUGUUCUCCAGACCCCUCCCCCCAAUAAAUUAGUGGCAAGAAUUAGGUGGUUAGGUUUCACUUUCUACAUUGUAUCAUAUUUCAUAUGGAAAUAUUUAACUCAUAGCAGAAUAAUCUAUGAAGGCAUAGGGUUAGCUCUGCAAAUUAACAUCAGUGCAUAGCUGGAGUAAUU